AUUCUGGUAAGUAUAACAUUCCACUGGUUUACAGUGUGACAGGUGUUGGAUGUGGGAUGGUGACCUGGUUGCCAUGGUUACCCCGCGCUUGUUUCCCCCCGUCGAGGCGCCUAUUGCCAACCUCAUCUAGUGUUGAUGAGUUUAACAUGCACCAAAAACCUUUUCGCGAUACAUUGUAUGGAAUCCAUUUCGACAUGUUGCCAAACAAAUUUUACACGAAAUAACUUUCCAGAUGUUCGUCAUUCUGUGCUGCAUGUUUUUGAAGCGGGUUCAAAAACACACAACAUGUUGCCGAGUGAAAUAAUGCGGAAAGUUGUGUAGCUCGCCAUGCUACACGGUCAAAAACUUCCCACGAUACAAUGUAUCGCGAAAGUUUUUGUUGCAUGUUAUCCCGUGUAACACCAGUUAUUAGAGUUAUUAGAGGAAGGUUUGGCGAAGAUUCGAUCAGUUAGCAGGGAAAAGAAGUAGUAAACGUAUGAAGGAAAAAUUCCGGAAGAGGAAACAUUUAUUUGAGUUUGAGUGCAAAAGGGCUUGAUUUACCGAUGGUCUGAGAUAUUGGGACCUUACAUACAAAUUAGUUUGCAGGUUCGCUUUCUUAGUGGUUUGUUUGGAAAUUAAGUGGUCAAUGAACGAAAUUUAUAAUGAAACACGGGUGAUCCUUAAAGAAAUAAAAGAAUGAAAAUAAAGCAGGUCAAUAAUAUCCAUCUAAACUUGAUGUAUUAUUGAAUUCUAAGGUUAUUAUUUUUCGACAUAAAAUUCAUAAUUCAAAUGACCACCUUUGAAAGAAAUUUGGAAGCAAUAAGCGCCUAGGGACUUGUGAAAAAUUUCAUGUCAAAUAAGAUGCUGUUUUUUAUUAUGUUGCCAAUUAGAUAAAGUACAGCUCUUAAAUGUGUAUAAAUGCAUUUGAGUGAGAUCGUUUAAUUUAUUAUGAACGUUAUUUCCUGGUUGGUCACAAAAAUAAUGGCAGAGUUUUUAUCCAAUAAGAACAAAGAAAACUGAGGUGUUAAGACAAGAAAGGGAAAUUAAUUGUAGGCUGCAAACAAUAAUUAUUGAAGCAAAUCUAUUAUUAAUGGUAAGAGUACAGGGAAAAAUACUAACAAAUUUUACUGCAGCAUAAUCAAAGUUUACAGAACUGAAUGUACAAUUUGAAAACUGUUUGAAGUGUUUGAAAGGAAAGAGAGCAGCAUAAUGGUUGCACUUUGCUUCAUUUUAAUCAUCUUCGAGAGCAUCAUCCAAGCAAAUGCAAAAUCCAUCUCACCGAAUGAUGUAAACACCAGCAUUAUUUCAAAUGCCAUCGACGGGCUGUUUGUUGGCUACGACAAUCGCCUCAGGCCAUACUUUGGGGGUCCUCCGUUAAACAUCUCCGUCUAUAUGUCAGUUGUGUCAUUCAGCACGGUCUACGAAAAAGAUAUGGAGUUUUCAUUAGAUGUAUUUUUCAAGCAAGCAUGGCGUGACCCCCGCCUUCGUCACUCCGCCAAAAUGCCGUUUAUCCUUCCUGGUAGUCAGAAAGAAAAAUUCUGGAUCCCAGAUACGUUUUUCCUGAACGUAAAGACCGCACGGUUCCAUCAGGUACCCGCGGCGAAUACGCGGAUUGUGGUAACACCAGACGGGGAUAUCGAGUUGAGUGAAAGGUUGACGGUAUCUGCGUCAUGCCGUAUGGACUUACGCAUGUAUCCACUCGACCAACAGACAUGUGUGCUAGAAAUUCUGAGUUAUUCCUUUGAUAUUAAUGACAUUGACUAUCGCUGGAAGGCGAAAGAAGACCUGAUCAUACUUGACGGCGAGAUGAACGAGUUUGAACUAAAGGAUUCACGCGGUGAGAGAAAGCAAGUCGAAUAUGUGAUCGGUACAUACACGCAUCUGGUUGCCAAGUUCGUGUUCAGACGUCGUCUUGCGUACUCCUUCAUCCAAAUCUACUCUCCCACCUUCCUGAUCGUGGUGCUGUCAUGGCUGUCUUUCUGGAUCUCCAAGGACGCCGUGCCAGCUCGGGUUGCGCUGGGAAUCACGACUGUCCUCACGAUUGUCACACUUAUGGGGUCACUUAGGAAUUCUGUGCCCAAGGUAUCAUACAUCAAAGCGAUCGACCUUUACUUGAUUGUCUCGUUUAUCUUCGUGUUCGGUACCCUCUUAGAGUACAUCGCGGUCCUAAUGCAUAGUGACAGCAAGAAGCUAAAGCAUGCACGAGGCAAGAUCAAGAAACGCGCGGAUAUCGAGACCAUUACAUCCGGGAUACCUUACAGGCCUUGCUCCGCCACCUCGACACAGUCACGUGGUAGUGUGGUCAGGUACUCCUCGUACCAGGACCCCGCGACCUUGAGAACGAGUAGAGUACACUUGGAACCCCCACGCCCACCACCCCCACCGCCGAGGCGAGGACCAGUCCCUGGGGCACAUUAUCAGCCCGCUCAUCAGCAGCCCCAGAUGAUUCCAGGGCCUGCAAUCUCUCACAGCCCCUACGCAGAAGUUCCCCGGAGAACUAGGAUCCUGGAAUGGAUACGGAAAAUACGGAUUCCUUUACUGCAAACACAUGACAAAAGCGUGGACAUAUUCGACCGAUUUGCAAGGGUUCUGUUCCCGAUGUCGUUUAUGAUAUUUAACAUCGGAUACUAUUUUACGUACCGUUAAAAAGGGGACAGUAAACUAUGCCGGAGUUGGAAGGAUUUACCAGAAAUACCUGAGUACUACCCUAAAAUCCCAUUAGGUGAAGUUUUUAGCAAUCAAAAUAAGUGUCCGGAGUUUAUUGUUAUGCUCACGGAUCAGCUUUUGAAAUAAAGAACCUGAAAUGCCAUAGCCUAGCCUCCUCCGCAGGAGUCACUAAGCGUUGGAAACCGAAAAUUUAUCUUAAAACCUCACGGGUUUCCUGUGGUCGGCAAAUCCUUUUGUUAAGGGGGGAGAACAAUGCACUCGUUCUCAGCUCCUCGCGUUCGCCACAGGAACCCCUAGCGCCUGUUUUUCUUUUUUUUCUGCUUUCUGGGCAAAAAGGGUGCAUGCGAAGGAGGCUAACCACAUAAUCCUAAAACUUUCAUUUUGUAAGACUAAAGGAAUCAAGAUAAGUUUAAAUGAGUUAUAUUUUCAUCACAAAAAGGUCGCCUGGGGAAGGAUCUCAAUUUUGGUUAUAAAGCAUUUGGAACAUAGUAGGAGGAGGAUGUUUUUAAAUAUAAAUUUUAACGCAGAAUAACAUUUUCGAGGCCAAUUUACUGUUAUUCCUUUUUCGGGACAGGACCCUAGCCGCCUUGGGGAAAAUUUAGGUUCUUUAUAAAAUUCUCUAAUAUUUUCUUGAUAUUUCUGUGUCGUCUCUCCCCCCCUCCCACCUGCUACAGCACUGUGUAUGCGUACGUACCAUAUUCCCAACAUAUGUUGGAUAGAGGGGUUGGAUAGAGGGUAGAUAGAUGACUAGGAUUAUAUUAGACAAUAACCAUUAUCGAGAUCGUCUGACAAUAUAAACGCGUUUGAAAGAUAAGGAAUGUCUAGAUAACUCAAUAAUAACAUGUAUUUUAUGUUGUUAAAUUUUGAGCUUCAGGAUUAAUAAAAUACAUAUACUAGGUCAUAAACAAAUGAUAUGCAA